AUGUCCAAAGGGAACGUCACCGAAGUGAGGUGCUCCAAAAUGAACAACAAAAGGAAAAACUACAAUCCGAAUAGUAAGGCGGAUGGGGAAGACCCUCGGCAGGACAGGCCCCUAAUUGAGGGUCAUCCGUUUAUCGGUUACGAGGGUAAUAAAAUGAGGAGAGGUCUAUACGGCGUGUCCGAAAGGACCACAAACAGUGGCGGCAACAUGGGGGGUUUAUACAGCGGAGACAGCUCUAGUAUUAACCACUUAACGGACGAGACAUACCCGCCAAAUUACGCCCUCUACUCGAGUCAGCCAAAUAACAAAGCACACCCCAAUCGAUAUGCCCCCAUGAAAAAUAACUCCCUUAACAAAUGGCCCAAUGCGAACGCAACUAGUGACUUUUCUCCUCAUAAUAUGUAUAUCAACAGUGAAAAAAAAAAGGACAACUAUAGGAGUAAAAAUUUUAUGCAUAUGAGUCAGCCAAACUUAAAUUCGUACAACCAAUCCAACAGUUGGAAGGAUGUCAGGAGGGGGGGGGUGGGACAAAAUGUGUCUCGAGAAAAUUGGAAGAAAGAAAAAAUGAAAAGUGGCGAGGAGGUCGGUCCAGCCACGGUAAGCGGCCUGAUUAGCGGUCCGAUUGGCGACCCGAUUGGCAACCCGAAUGAAGCCCCCAAUGUAAACAGCACCAGCAGUAGUGCCGUCCCGAUUAUCAGGACUACCCACGGGAAGCACGUCAGCAACGGUAACCACGUUAGCCAUGUCAUCCACGGUAACAACCUGAGUUACCAAAGAAUGAACAGCCUGUCGUACUCCAAAAGUGCCAACCUUGAAAAGGUAUCGACGCAAAAGUAUAGUAAUAAACUUUACCCCAAUAUGACUUUGUCUAACUUGGGUGAUAAAGCUAACAAGGAGGAAGUGGAUAACGUAAAGGUUAAGGAGAAAAAAAAAAAAUUUGAGUUAGGAAAAAAUCGAAUUCUUUUUCAGAACAAGAAGUGGUUUGACAGUGGUAAUACGAAUGGUAGAGGCAUAGCUGUGGGGUUGGGUAUCAACCAGGGGGAGUCGUCCUCCAGUGGUAGGUUGGACACUGAUGUGGUGGGAGGUUCCCCCGAGCAGUGGGGCACCAACAUGAGCAAUACCAACGUGAGCGACACCAACCUUGGUCGUGCCAACCAGGGAAGUGCCCCCACCCAGGAGAACGCACACAUUUUAGAAAUGCUUUCGAAGUAUCUAACUUCGGUAGGAAACCAAGGAACGGGGGACCUCAGCGAAAUAUACAACGCGCUGACGAAAAAUAAAAGCAAAGAGUCUUUGAUGAGCUUGCUGGAUAAUAUAAAGCUUUUGGAGGAGGCGUCCAAAGGGAUGUCACCACCGGGUGGGACAGCCAUUGGGGGAUGUUCGCUUGGCGGUUCGUACGACAACGUGGAGAGAAGUUCGAUGGAUGAAAGUAACAACAGAGUGAAAAUUGUAAGUAGAUCGUUUAGUGACUCAUCGAGCAUGUUAACAAAUUCCGUGAGGGGUGAAAUGGGUGCCCCUGGGGAGGAGUCCAGUUGGAGUAAGGGGAAUAAGGCAUCCCCGGAGAUGGACAGAAUUAGUGAAAGGAAGAUAUACGCGAUAGACGGAACAGAUGCAGGAAACGCCGCUAGUCCAACUUCCUUGGUGGCCAUCUUCAGGCAACUUGGAAAGGACCACAGCACAGGGGACAAGUGGAAAGACGCAGUGGCCAAGUGCAACGAUCAGAAGACACAAACCAAUUUCGAAAAACUGGAGGAGAGCAUAAAGAGUAACCUAAAAAUGACGGAAAUUUUUAAAGCUAACCUAUUUUUUAGUGACAGCAUAUAUAUGUACAAAAACGCGCUGUAUAGGAAUUACCAAGAAAUAUGGCUUCACAGUGGAAGAUUCCUUCAGUUGGAAAAUAUCUUCCACUUUGGAAAAGCCAAGGAGAAGAAAAAGGAAGCAAACAUAAUCGACUGUUUGAUGAAUGGUUCAAUUCCGUUUAGCAGUUUUUUAAAUUUUUUUAACAAUUUUUACGAAAUUACAGAAAAUUACCAAUACAAGAUUUGCUUUUUCCUAAUUUACAAAAUAAUAAUUAUGAAUGAGGACGAUGAGGAAUAUGGACGGUACUACAAUUUGGUUAUAAGAAUUCUUAACGAGAACACGUUGAUUUUUUUUCUUCUCGUGUUAAUUAACAUGCUGAGAAAGUACUCCUUCAGGAUGGUCUACUUUGUGAAUUUCAUCGAGCGGUUACUUCCAGUGGUGACGAAGGGGCCUCGUUCAUCUGCAGGUGGAGGCGUCACCACAGCAUCUUCCCCAAGCACUAACCAGAAAGGUACGAAUGGUACAGAUAGACGGAUUUUCUUCAACAUCCUAUUUUUUAAAUUAUUCAGGUUAAUAUUUUAUCGAAUCGAAUUAUUUUCCACGCAGAAGAAGCACCUUUUGAUGCUUUUUUUAAGGUACAUAAAAAACUUCCUCCUCAAUAUAUGCUCCUCUGUUCUGAUCACACAGUACCUUUUUAUAAAAUGUGUAGACCUCAUGAACAAAUACAACAACCAGCAGUACAUUCUGAUCAAGACGACCUCCAUGGAAAUAUUUCUACAAUUAUGGAACAACGAUUUUUUAAAAUUUUCCAUUUUGAAAAUUGGAAGUCCCCUUCUUCGCUUCCUCAUUUUUAUGAGCAAUGUAGAAUAUGUGCAUAAAAAUAUUUUUCCCUUAAUUUUGGCCCCCAUUGAGAAUGCUAAUCAGGUGGAAAUGAGGGAUGCUAUUGAGGGGAUGUUGCAAAAGUGUAGAUAUUACACACAGGGGAGGAAGCGGUGGAAGCAUUAUUGUAAGAAGUUCGAAAGGACAAAUAAGUGUUCCCUUUUGGUUAGGAGUUACGGAGUUGAUGAAAUUCAAGAGGUUACCCUGUUAUCCGAGGAGGAAAACUCCGUGAUGGAGAUGCCUCCUGGGGGAACCCUUCGGACGGAUGUCCGACAGGAUACUCUUCUGGAGCGUAUCCUGCAAGUACGCAAAAGUUACAAUUACUACAAAAUGUUGCUCCCCCCUGAUGAGAAAAGCUGCCUCAAUUUUAUGCUUCAACUGAAUAACCAAAACAAUAACUUCCACUUUGACCUUUUCUACAAUUUAUUUGUCGAGGCUAAUUUGGCAAAUUUGAUUCACGAGAAUAAGGUGAUAUAUUAUGUGGAGUAUAUAAAGGGGGCGGGGAACAAGGAGAAGGGGGGUGUACACAAGGAGGACUCCAUAAAAGGAAGCAUGAGCGUAUGUGGGUUAGACGGUUUAAACGGUUUAAUACGCGCAGGGGAGGAAGGAAAUCUAUCCACGCAAAGGAGUAGUUAUUCCCAUGUGGAGGGUGGUUCCCACUCUGUUUUGCGUCACGACCAUCAAAGUGGCUGCAUUAAAAAGGAGGAGGAGGAAGAGGACCAACCCGCCCGACUGAAAGAACAACUUCUAUUCGACCUGCACGGGAUAAUCCAACGAAGAAACUGCGUCAUGUCCAAAAUAUACGGCGCCCACAUCAGGCUGAGUUUUUUUUUUGGCGUUUUCUUCUACAGAAGUUACGACAUUUAUAGGAUCCUGUCUAGCUCUCUCGGAACAUAUGCCAGAAAAUUUAAAAAUUUUAAAAAGGAAAAUCAGAAGGCGAUUAAAUUUAUGAACAUUAAUAACAUUACACACAUUUUGACGGUGACCUUUUUGCUGAAGUUUUUGGCCCACGUGGGGGGAGGUGCACUCCAUUUUGCUGCUACAGGUGGGAGAUCUGCACCCCGUUUGACACAGGAGGAGGAAGACUUCCUUACGUGUUAUCGCCUUUUGGAGUACGCCAUUGGCAAGGACGUCAGCACCGCCAAUACGUUUCUGAACUACCUGAACAACGUCAUUCUUCACCUGCACGAAAGGAAAAGAGAGAACAUGGUGGUGAGCAUGAUUGUGACACUUACCAUUUACAAUUUUUUAACCCUGAUUGGGAAGAAGCAGAACCGAAUUGAACAUUUGGAGAGCCUCAGUUUAAGUGAAAUUUGCAACGAAAUACACAACAAUUGCCUCAUAGGGUUGCUACUGAGGGAAAAUAAUUUUUUCAUUGACAGCGAGACGAAGUUUACCGAGGUGGAGGAUAUCUACUCCUUCGAGCUGAAGAACCACAUGAAGUUCAUCCCAAAGGAUAUUAACAGGGAGAUCUUCCAGCUGGUCCAUUUUAAGAAGUACAUCUUCCAGAAGGGGGCAUACAAAAAAAUUGAUAUUAUAAAAAUAGGAAGGCGAAAUCUGGUCAAUAAUCUGUACACCUCAGAGAUCCUCAACUACGUUUACUACAACACGCUCUAUGUGCUCAUCCAUUUUGUUAUGAAUAUACGUUUUUAUGAGACCAUCUAUAGGAGGACCUACAAGGUGGGCGUUGAUCAUGACGGUACUGUUGGCACGGUUGGGCAAAAUGACGCUGGGGGGAUGUGCAGCAUUGUGCGUAUUGGGGGAGCAUUCAGGCGGAAAGGGGAGGUGAAAGAAGAGGGAGAAGCCCAACCAAAUUCGCAGCAGUGCCUCACCGUAAUUCUGAAGAAGCAAAAUGGAGAUACCUACUGGAGAAAAAAAAGGUACAUUGUAAAAUUUUACAGAAAAGCCAAAAAAAAAAUCGUCAAAAGGUUGAAGAACCAUUUGAUUUCCAGCAAUGUAAAUAAGUUUAUGCGCAGCUUGGGGGAGGACAAAUUCUUUUUGAACCUUUUUUUCGAGUUUGAUAAUUCCCCCCUGUUUCUUCACUCGAUUUUUCUGGAGGGUGGUCAACAUACUGGCGCGGGAGAAAAUGCAAAUGCAAAUUCAAUUGCAAUUUCUAAUGUGAAUAUUGAUACGAGUGAGAGUGUCCAUACGAAGGUGAUGGAAAUGUCGGGGCCUCUGCCUUGCCGCCACGUGGACAUCCUCAAACAGGUAGACAAUUUCUGCCUCCUGGUUGAAGAUAUUAACAAGCUGAUUAGCUUUGUCACCCAUAGAGGGAAGGCCUCGUGCGAUGUCGUAAAAUGCACCUUUGCGAAUAGCCCCCUUGUGCCCGGUGAAGACAAGUUCAGCGUUCAGUUUCGCUUCUACACCAUUGAUUGGAGCGAUUGCAUGCUGCGUGAGACGGGGGAGGAGUCCCCAGUUGGAGUACCCACCGAUGAAAGGUGUGCGUCCUUCUCCUAUGGGGAGCAAAAGGAGUGUGUCUUCCAUUUCAACGAAUUGAUAGACCGCGUGGUGAGUACAAUUGUGGACGCGAAUUACGCAAAGGAGAAGAUCGUGUGGUGGUCUGAAUUUUUUUACACCCUGGGGAAUUUUGGUGUGGUGAACUUCCAUCUGCUUUUUUAUUUGUGUUCCCUGGUGAGGGGACUGAUCGGGGGGGACUACACACACCACGAUGCAAAUACAAGGGACCACUUCCCCCCCCGCUUGACGCAUACCCUACGGAGGAAGAUCCAAAUUUGCGAGCAGAUAUACGUGCUGUACCUAUUCAGGAUAGGCCUACUCCUGAAUGUGAGCAUUUACGAAGCAUUCGACUUGCUAAUUUCGUUAAUCACUUCCCUUUUUAAUUUUGACUUUUUCCAAUUUUACAUGAGGAAGAAAAAGUACCAUGUAGAGGAGGGGAAUCGAAGCCAAGUCCAAUCAUUUGUCAACAGUGUGAAAGAAGAAGCGAAGAAUAUUCUGACCAAUUACGAUGUUAACGUUUUUAUAGAGAGCAUUAUCCAUAUAAGCGAUUGUAUUUUUUUUUUAAAAAGCGUAAAAAUUUUAAUUCUUAGGAGCUACUGUUUUGUUAAUGUUCUGUUGCACGUGCUGUCAUUGAAGAAGGUGAUCAUUGAUAUGAGCAACGUGGAAUGUGUAGACCUUCUCGAGGGGGAGACGGACACCGGGGAGGAUACCAUGGAAUGGUCCCAAUUGGGUAAAUCGAAGGGUAAAGACGUAGAAAUGGUGUCUUCAUUUAGAAGUGCACCCAACGGUGAGGAGCAACCCGAGAACGAUUCGCCUCCCAACUGGAGGAACUACGACUCGGCGGAAGAAUCAGAGAAGUUUAGCUCGUCGGACAGUAGUGACGAUCAUAAGGUGGAGGACCAUUUGGACGGUUAUGGAAGCUUCUGCAGGGGGAGGAAUAUCGAAAAGACUGCCGAAGAGGCGCUUAACAACCGGAUGAAAAAACCCAAAGGGGGCCACGGAAAGCAGGAGGCAGAACCAAAUGAAGGGAAGAAAAUAUGGAUUUUACAGUUUUUCAAAUAUUUUGAUUGCCACUCAUUUCUCUGCUUUGCGAAGGACAAAACGGAAGAGGAGCACUUUUACGAAAAAAAAAAAAAUUUCAGAAAUUUCUUUUUCCCAAAAAAUUUAAAAAAAUGGAAAAAAAAAAAGAAGAGUGAUGAAGAUUUGUGCAAAUUAGUCUACACGUUAAAGAAGCGGUUAAUCCAGAGCGGAAAUUAUUUAAGCAUGUAUAAGCAGGCUUUCUUGAUAAAGUGGACUUGUCUUGGUAUUUUUAUUUUGCAAAAGUACCGUUUAAAAAUGUUUAACAGCGUAGAGGCCUUUCAGUACAUAUACGAAAGAGUGAACUCCGUUGCAUGUGCAGAAAAUUUGCUUUUUAAAAUUCCAGCGGAUUUUAAUUGGGGCACGCCCUUCGAAGGCAGUGCAGAUAUUAGGCACCUCUUCCUCAUCUCUCUUUGCCACAUCAGCCGCCAAUUGGGGGGACUGUUGCGGCGGCAACGUAAGGUGAACGGUCAGCACGCUGAAACAGAGCAGAGUACAAUUUGUGACUGCCGAGAAGCACAGCCCAACGAAGAAGCCAAACGACAACACCAAGUGGAAGCACUAUUUAACGAGGUGAACAUUUAUUUAAAGUAUUUCAUUUUGUCCUUUUAUCCAUAUCUUAUUAAGUCCCGUUUUUCCUAUGACAUAUUUUUGAGGCUUUUCAGAAUUUACCUGAACAUGUAUUUGAUGACGAAGGAGAGAAACGCCCUGUCUGUGCGGUCUCCCAUUUAUCUCCUUCUGGUGAUUUUUGUCCACCACACACAUGUGUGCAAAUACGUCAUGUUUUCCUACUUCAUGAGGGUUAAGCAAUAUUUGUGUUCGCCUGAACAAUCGGAGGAGGAUUUGCGCGAAGACUCCCUUCCGCGUGAGGCGUUGCAGGUUCACUUCAGAGAAAGCGUGGAGUUCUUCCUGCAGAACUGCACCCAGGAGGACCUCCAAUUUGACGACGUAAAAAUCACCUGCGACGGAAACGCAGUUUCGCUGUUUUAUCACAUGUUAGUUGGGAACUUUGCGUAG